UCACUCAGCUCAGUGGAGGGACGAGCGCACACGUACACACGCACGCGCGGACGCGCGGACUCACUCACUCACUCACUCGUCCCGCACGCGCAGGCAGACUCCACCAAGUGAGUGAGAGAAGGAGUGGGGCAGGGAGGGGAAUACAGCAUUGCACGUACGCACGGCGGACUGAGAAAACUUCUAGGUGCAACAGAAGAGUAGGGGGAGAAAGAGAAGAAGAAAAAUUCUCAAAACAUUGGGCAGCCUCGAGCGACAUAGUAGUGAGGCUGUUGCAGCCUACGUUUUUCUGUGAUCGCCGAAAGUAAAUCGUGUCUUGGACCAGGUAAGGUACGGGCUUCAGGUACUGGUGGAUGAGUCAUUAAUAUGAAAAACUGCAGGAAGUGUGUUUGAAAUAAGAGGAUGUUGUAACGACAAAAUCUGCGUGUAUAUUUACGUGAGUGCUUAGUGAUUUCGACGUGUGUAACGCGUACCGGGGUACGUUGGAAGUGUGAGCAGCAAAAGUUUCUGCGACAUAACCUGGUUCCGCAACAAGUGCAAACAAAAACUUGUGUAAACUUUUACAUGGACUGCGAGGGACUCGUUAUUGAUUCUCCUUCAGUAUCUGGACCAAGCGCAGGGAAUUCCGCGUAAACGAACAUCACUUCUGAUAUGGAUUACUGAUGUCUACGAAGCAUGAGCUACACUGACCUCGUCUGCUCUCUGCGGGUUUGUCUACUCUAGAUGUGCAUUCGCUCGUAUUGGUCGACUCACGGAGACGCACGUGCGCAUGGAUAGUUUUGCCAAUCUACUCACACGUCAGUGCAUUUCGGAGUAGCAGAGGAAGCAGGAAGCAAGCGCGUCAUCACCCAUGGUGAACCUGGCGUAAAGGCUCAGGCUGCCCGCUAUGAGCAGGCCUGUCAGCUGUACUGGAGACCCCCAUGAUGGAUGAGAUCAGGACGGAAGUGGUUAGUGACAAGUACACGGAUGACGACAGCAGCGAUGUGGCCUCGGACAUGCAGGGCGCCAUCUUGUGGCCCAGGAGGUGACCAAAUACCGCGGCCACUACAACGUCAUCGACCAGGUGGACGUGAGCGUGGGUGUGUGGAGGGUGUGCGAGGGCAUGGACUUCGGGGACAUCACAGACUGCACCAGCAUACCUGACCUCACCUCUUACAUGAUGGCGUGCCAGUCCAUGCUGUGUCUCUGCCUCAUCUUCACCGUGUUCUCGCUCGUCUUUGGACUGUACGAGAACUGCGCGACCAGAUACGACAUGGAAGACGGAAGUGAGGCUAAGACGAAGCGGCCGGAAGUCAACGCCAUUAUUGCAGGGGUCGCCCAGCUACCCUGGUCAAGUGAUGAGCCUGUCCAGGCAGAACUCCUCACGGGAACCCAGCAUGCAGGACCGGCUGGUGAGCGCCAACAGCAGCAUCGGGCACCAGUCCCCCGUGACUCAGCACGGACACACGCUCUAUGGGGUCACGGCGGACAGUCCGGAGAACAGAGACAGACACCGCUCAGAGCUACAGCGUAGCGACUCCUUUCUGAGCUCCCACAUGUCCUCCCCUGACCUCUUCACGGCGGUCUCACAAGAUCCUUCUCUGUCCCACUCGGCAGCUCGAGGAGCUCACGCAACCGACAGAUACGACACCUACGUGAGUACGGCCGACCAAGGCAGCAGGAGACAAGCGCUAAAACAACAACUGCAGCAGGACAGAGGGGCUCAAAGACGUUCGUGGCACUUUGAUGACAGAACGGGUGCCUACAUUGUAAGUGACCUUAUCAACUCCCGACCUUGCCCUCCUGUGCCGACGUCAUCAGAAGGGAGAGGUCAGAGGUUAGAGGGGGGUCAGAAGCCUCCUGUGCCGCCACGGCGAGACAAGAUGGCUGUUUCUCAGACAAGUCCCAGUCGGGGGGCUUCCUCGCCUGCCAGUCAUGCGCUGCAAACGAUCCCUGACGAAACUGCUGACCUCAUGCUUCUUGACGACCCCGUUGUCAUAGCGCCAUCAUCCACACAAGGUUCAACGAGUGGUACAGCAACAAAUACCACAACUACAACAGUCGAUAUUAAUCUUCUCCACAGAAGAAGUACAAAUCCGUUUCUGAAUGAAGAUGACCCGGGGCCUCCAUCUCUUCAAGCACCAUCUCCGCAGGAUCUGUUACAAAGCGAAGCCAGAGGAGACUCCUGGGAGAACCAGCCGUGGCCGGACCCACCCAGUUUUAUUGAGCAUGUCGGGGAACAGCAACCCACGCCAGCUGCCUCUGAUGUCUCCGACUCAACGCCUAGAGAGAGUCCAGUGAUAGCUGGAGGCGACAACGUCCCUGAGAGCCUGCAGUACCAACCUCAGAACAAUGCCAGCAUGACGCGAAAGAAAAAGCGUGAGAGGGCUCCUCCCAUACCUUACAAUGGCAGCUCAAGUUCCUCUACAUCAGGUGGUGGAGGGGUAGCAACUGAGCCAAGACGCCAGCAGCCAAGGUCUUACAGACUAGAGGGCGUGAGUUCAGUUCCGAGGAAUUCUGCCCGUGCUCCAGCACCUGAUCCUGUUGUGCCUGUUCAAAAAGAAUACGACAAUCCUCUGUUUAAAUCCCCACAGACAGACGAUGGCAGAGGGGCGGAGUUUGUGGAUGAUUUUGCUCUUAAAAUAUGUGAUUCUACUUCGUUUGUCCAUCCGUUACCGGAUCCUCCUCCUUAUUCAGUGGUUGAUGUUAACCAUGAUGCACCACCACAGUACCGUCGUCAUAGCAGCCAUUAUUCUCGAAGCCCUGAUUACGAAAGCCACUUAGGUGAUCCUCAACCCCCGUAUCAUCAACCUGCACCACAACCGAGAGUUAUUUCCCGUGAUGGUCAAACCUACGUCAGCACGCCAAGUUAUAAUAAUAACGCAAAGCCGUCAAAGGGAGAUAAAACUAAAAGACAUUCCGCUUCUCGCGACAAAACGGGUCACAGCGACAAGAAGCACAACAACAGUGGGGGGAUCAAAUCCAGGCCUCGACAGGUCAAGCGAGAGCACCAGCAGCGACGCGGACAGCCGGAUUCCAAUGGUCAGCCACAGCAGCCAACUUCCCACCUGCCUCAAGGCUACUAUAGCUCCAACCCAGACCUAAGCAGCAAGUCUCCCAUCCUCGACCGGCGACAUCGGAGGGGCGAGAGUUACGAACAUGGGGACUACAGGUUGGCUAAUGGCAGAGCAACGCAGCCACCUGAAUACAGGGCUAGAGCCUAUGUCCCUGACUCCAACACUAAUAGCAGACAGUCGCCUUACUACGCCAACCCAAAUAGCUAUCACUGGGGAGACUCUGACCUUUGACACAAGUUCAACGUACUCUUUAUGCCGCACAGUUUUCCGUACAUUUUGAUUCAAUUUAAAAUAUAUUUAUAAACUAAGUUAACGCAGAUGUUUAACACUCCCACGAACACAAGUUAAACCAGUUAGGAGCCACUUAUAAGGAUCAACCAAGUUAAGUGGGAUACAUCCCAAAAGAGAGAAGUAGAUUACCGAUAACUUAAUUGAUUUCUAUCAAAAACUAAUAGCUAUCAAUUUUUUAAAUUUUAAAAUGGAAGACCUGUAGAUAUGCUUUGACCCUGUGUAACUCAGUAAAUGACAGGACCCCCCCCAUUUUCAGUGUACAGCCUAAAGAAGAAAAGGAUAGAUCUAGUGUUUAUAUUAUAUGUACAUGUAUAUUACAGUUUUUCGUGACGUGCAAGACAAGCCACAUUGUUAUGUAACGUAAGAAGCCUCUACUCUGUUGAUCGCCUUGCAUUUUAAGACUUUUGUAACGUCUUGACAUGGUCUUCUUAUCCCCCCCCCCCUCCCGAUUUCAGAAUAUUAUAUAUGAAUGUGUACAAAGUGAGUAAUGAUAGUCCUAAAGAUAGUUGUAAGGCACAACGUAAAAGAAUUAAGUUAAAUCCGCACUUUUUCUGUUAUAAUCAAUAGUAUUGUUACUAUAAAUUGAUGUGUUUGUACAUAUAUAUGUGAUAACAUUUGAAAAUCAACAGGAUGCAAUAACCUUUUUGAUACAUCUACAACCAACCUAUUUGAAAGUUUGGGAAAAGAAUGCAGAUUUCAUCCUUCUCUUGGACAGCAUGUUAAUUUCUGCACGAUAUCAGGAAGUAGUAGUGCUCUAAAAUCAUGAACGUGAUUCUACUCAACAAUGUGAAUAUAAUGCAAGCCCAAAUUAUUGUGUUAUUCUACUUUCUGAAUGAGUUUAAAGUCCCUACACUAGACACUAGGAGAGAUUAAUUUGAAGGCUGACCACUAGUUAGUCCAGUGAAAAAGUACAAAAGGAAAGAGAAAAAGAAUUUUGAAAAAAUUAAUUAGAAA